ACGUAGCGAUCUGACCUAUAAUAAUAUGGUCUAUUAGGUUCUAUUAGCAUUCAUUAUUUAUCAACCACUAUAUUAAAAACUAUUCUAUUAUAAAAAAGUUCUAAUUCCAAAAAAGCCAUGAUUUGGCAACCCCUAAAUCUCACGGAGGUAUGUCCUGUCAAUAGUCAUCUGACUGCAUGUUCCUAUUUGGGAUAUGCUUUCCUAAAUGUGCUGGUGCAAAUGUAUGGAGAUUCUAUAGAUAGACGUAUACAGGAAGGUAUUGGUGUUCAUGAUGAUACUGAAGAUGAAGAGCAUUACGAUUUUAUAGUUGUCGGAGGUGGCUCAGCGGGGUGUGUGGUAGCUACAAGGUUGAGUGAAUUCCCGGAUUGGAAGGUUUUACUCCUAGAAGCUGGACCAGAACAGCCCGACAUAACCCUGAUACCAGGGCUGCAUAACUCUCUAAUAGGUUCGAAUGUCGACUGGGGGUAUAGCACGGAGCCGAAUGGAAAGAGUUGCUUGGCGUAUGGCGGGAGGUGUUCGUGGCCGAGAGGUAAAAUGAUGGGCGGUUCCGGGUCCAUUAAUUCAAUGUCGUAUAUAAGAGGAAAUCGUCUAGAUUACGAUCGUUGGGCAGCGCUAGGUAACAAAGGUUGGAGUUAUGAAGAGGUAUUACCAUUCUUCAAAAAGCACGAAGACAAUUUAGAAAUAGAAGAACUAGAUAGAAAAUAUCACGAUAUUUACGGAGAGCAACCAAUACAAAGGUUCACGUAUAUCGACAAUAUAGCUAGAAUGAUUACAGAAUCUCACAUAGAAAGAGGCUUACCAUUAACAGACUAUAACGGGGCACAUCAAGAAGGAACGAACCAAGCGCAAGCUUUCGCCAGAAAUGGAGUAAGAUGGUCCGCAAACACAGCAUUCAUUCAACCAGUUAGAUACAACAGAGAUAACCUCGUGGUUAAAGUUAACUCAGAAGUAAAGAAAGUCUUAAUAGAGAACGGUGAAGCUGUCGGUGUUAUUUAUGAAAGAAACAAUAAGAAAUACACCGCAUACGCUAAAAAAGAAGUCAUACUAAGCGCUGGAUCUAUCAAUUCUCCACAAUUGUUAAUGUGGUCUGGAAUUGGGCCAAGAGAACAUUUAAAAUCGCUCAAUAUUCCUGUGAUAAUAGACCUGCCUGUUGGUGAAAAUUUACACGACCACGUCACAUACAAUGGUCUUCUAGUCGCUCUGCCUAAUGGAACAGCCACGACUGUAAAUGCGGACGAAUUAUUUUACAACGUUAAAAACUUCUUCGACAUGUCCCCACAUGAACGACCUUUAUCAGGGAACGGUCCAACGAACUCGAUUGCUUUUCUUAAAAGUAAACAUGGCUUAGCCGCUCCUGAUGUUCAAUAUCAAGCUGAUCACACGAGUUCUUGGCGAGAAUUCAUUAAAGAUCCUGCCGCGUACAUUGAAGUGGCCAUACUUCCGGCAUCGUUUUACGAUGGCAUCGUUUUGCGUGUGAUGAAUAUAGCCCCAAAGAGUCGAGGCAGACUUCUCCUAAAUCCCAAUGACCCAUACGGUCAUCCACUGUUGUAUCCUAAUUACUUUGACGAUGAAACAGAUUUCCUUCCGUUGUUACGAGGCACUAGAUUUGCGUUAUCACUAGAAGAUACGCAUGCGUUUAGAAGUAAAGGGGCAUAUUUUGUUCGUACUCCGCUGCCGUAUUGUGAAGAUUUCGAAUGGGGGACGGAUGACUAUCUCCUAUGUGUAAUGAAAUAUUAUACGUCUGGUACAUAUCAUCCUGUGGGCACUUGUAAAAUGGGUCCAGAAGAUGAUGAUACAGCAGUUGUUGAUCCAGAAUUAAGGGUUUAUGGAAUAGAUAGGCUCAGAGUAAUAGAUGGAUCUAUAAUGCCUGUAGUGACUUUGGGUAAUACGAAUGCACCGUGUAUGAUGAUUGGGGAACGUGGUGCCGAUUUUAUUAUCAAGUACUGGGCAAAUGUAACACAUGUUUAGGGUUGACAAUAAUUGUUCCUGAUAGGCUAAGGAGUAUUUAUUUUCGUUAAAUUUCGCAUAAUUUUCUAAAAUUCUUUCAUAAUUAAUAUGUAUGUAAGAAAAUGUACUUGUACCGAGCUAUCCAUGUAUUUAUUUCAAUCUUUUUAAUUACAUAUUUUAAGCAAUUUAACUUUUAAUUUCUUAUUUCAAUGUUUAGUGUUGUGAACAUUGUUCUUGUUCUUAUAUUGCCUUACUACAUAUUUAGUAUUUACUAUACUAUUUAUCAUGUUUAUAGGAAAGUCAGUUAUAGUCAAGUUAUAGGUAUAUAUGUACAUAAUAUAUUGUAUAUAUUAUGUAUAUGUAAUAUAUUAAGUUCGAAAUAAAACCACACAUUGUUCA